GCGUCACAAACUAACACCUUUCUCAGAAUUCUAUUUCCUCUUGAGACAACAAUGGGCUUGGGCUACACGGAAGAGCUCGCGACCAAGGUCGCUCCAGCGAGAAUGUUCGAGGCUGUGGCCGUUGACAUGCACAACCUCGGUCAAAAAAUUAUGCCUGAAAUGAUUGCCGGAGCUAAGAUAGUUGAAGGUGACGGAGGUGUUGGUACAAUUAAGCAGAUGAGUUUCACUGAAGCAUUUCCAUGGGAGUGUGUAAAGGAGAGCAUCGACGUCUUGGACAGAGAUAACUUAGAGUGUCACUACACUCUGUUCGACGCUGUUCUCAGGCCCGAUGCUGCAGAUACCGCCAAGAAGAUCAAAUCUGGAUCUUUUGUGCUCAAGAUUGUCCCCUCAUCUGAUGGAGGUUGCGUUUACAAGACUGCCGCAGAGUUCAGCACCAUUCCGGGAGUAGAGUUCACCGAGGAAGACGUGCAGAUGAUGAGGGAGCAAGAGAUCGGACAGUUCAAGGCUGUCGAGGCUUACCUCUUGGCCAAUCCUGCUGCCUAUGCCUAAACCAUGACAUGUUGUCGGCCUAGGAUUGAAUAAUGCUCAAGACAUUAGCUUUCGACGCGCAAGACUUGCGAUGGAAAUGAGUCUUGAUGUGUUAGAAGUGAGGGUUUUUAGGUGUUUAUGCUAUGCGUGUCGUUGUAUGGUGUUUGGAGUUUGAACGUAGGAAGAAUGAUGUGAUUGAUUAUGGUCAUGGGUUCCUUAAAAUAAAAGAUGUUGUCUUUGUGGAUCUUGGUCUUGAA